CAGAAAUAAAUAACGGGUUAAUACCUCAAUAUAGAGUGUAACAAAGAGAAAGAGAAUAUAGUUUCUAGUGUGAAUAUAAUUUUUUUUGUAGUGAGGAAGAUUUUAGCCGCAGUUGCCUGAGUCUCCCCGGCACCGCCAUCUUACCAAAAUGUUCAGCAGAUUGUGGGAUUCGGCAAAGAACUCGCCAUUUAGCCAUCCCUUUGAGGCUCAUUGUGAUGCACCAAAUAAGGAAAUUGUUCUGCCAAGAAGGAUAUCUGCAGCUGACGGAGAAACAUACAGUUGUGAGUAUGGAUCAGGAAAGUUUUAUUUAAUGUGCGCUUUUGGUGGACUCUUGAGCUGUGGCAUCACUCACACAGCAGUAGUACCUCUCGAUCUUGUUAAAUGCAGGAUCCAGGUUAACCCUGCCAAAUACAAAGGAAUUUUCAAUGGAUUUAAGGUGUCUAUCAGAGAGGAAGGUUUUCGUAGCCUGGCAAAGGGCUGGGCUCCCACUUGUAUUGGCUAUUCCAUGCAAGGCAUCUGUAAGUUUGGUUUCUACGAAGUCUUCAAGAUUUUGUAUAGUAACCUCCUCGGGGAAGAAAAUUCAUACCUCUACCGCACUUCCUUAUAUUUAGCUGCAUCAGCUUCAGCAGAAUUCUUUGCUGAUAUUGCACUUUCUCCUAUGGAGGCAGCAAAGGUACGCAUCCAGACUCAACCUGGUUUUGCAUCAACUUUGCGUGCUGCAGUCCCCAUCAUCUAUGGCCAGGAAGGCUUGUGGGGUUUCUACAAGGGUGUAGUGCCUUUAUGGUGUCGACAGAUUCCCUACACAAUGAUGAAGUUUGCAUGCUUUGAACGCACAGUUGAGGCCCUCUACCUGUAUGUUGUACCAAAGCCUCGUGACGAGUGCAGCAAAAGUGAACAGUUGGUGGUUACCUUUGCUGCAGGUUACAUUGCUGGAGUUUUCUGUGCUAUAGUGUCUCAUCCUGCUGAUACCAUUGUGUCGAAGCUUAAUCAAGAUAAAGGAUCGACAGCUGUUUCUGUUGCAAAACAGCUAGGCAUGGCAGGAUUGUGGAAGGGCCUGUUCCCACGUAUCAUCAUGAUUGGUACCCUGACUGCUCUUCAGUGGUUCAUCUAUGACGCUGUCAAAGUAGCCUUCAAGCUACCACGUCCACCACCACCAACAAUGCCAGAAUCACUCAGAUUGAAGCUGGAAGCAAAACAAGCUUAAGCUUAUAAUAUUAAUAAAAAAAAGCAUUCCGUACAUGGAUCCCACAUUUGUUAAACUUCCUACAAGGAAAUUGCUACACAAACUGCUGAAUUUCUCUAGGAUGAGUUAAGUCUAGAUACUCAUCACUAAAGAUGUUUAACAUUCAAGUCUAAACUGAUAAGGUUAUUUAAAAUCUGUUCCAAAAAAUUUUGUUAGUUUUAAACUUCAAUGUGCCAUCUUGCACUUUUUUGAAAAGCUACUUUGCUACUUGCUCUGUUACCGGGGUGAAAAAUUGAUGACCAUUUAUUGUGCCUAGUAGCUUUGAGAUAAUAUUUUAGCAGUGAAGACGAAGUAUUGAAAAACAAAUUUGGUUAAUUUUUACAUCUAAAUUGUAAUUUAUACAUUUCUGAAUGUCUUGUAAAUAGUAAGGUAACAUUGUAUAAAAUGAAAAUAAACUUAACUAAGUU